AAUAACACGUACCGAACUUUUGAGCAUUUUUCGUGAUCACUUCUGUUCAAAAAUGUGGCUGAAUUUACUUGUCAUGGUUUUCGCUUUAUCGGUGAUUCUCGUACGGAGACGCUAUUCCUAUUGGAAACGCAUAGGCGUUCCCUUCAUCCAACCGCGAUUCCCGUUGGGAAGCAUAGGAAGCAUUGGCACACGGAUUCAUUCUUCUCAACUGUUGGCGCAAUUUUACCAACAGCUCAAAGGAUCGCACCCGUUCGCUGGAAUAUUCUACUUUCUGCAACCCGUGGCGUUGGCACUGGACUUGGAAUUUGUGAAAAAUGUAAUGGUUCGGGAUUUCCAGUACUUCCACGAUCGUGGACUGUAUUACAACGAAAAGGAUGACCCUUUGUCGAGUCAUCUGUUCAACAUCGAGGGAACCAAAUGGACGACUCUGCGAAGGAAGCUGGUGCCAACGUUUUCUUCCGGGAAACUUAAGAUGAUGUGCCCAACUGUGGUGAGUGUGGCGGAUCGCUUCAAAAUGUGCAUCGAAAAGUCUAUCGCCAAGGAGGAGGCUAUCGAAAUGCGAGAAUUGUUGGCGCGUUUCACCACUGAUGUGAUCGGAAGCUGCGCGUUUGGUAUAGAAUGCAACAGUUUGGAGAAUCCCGAUGAUAAGUUCAGAAAAAUGGGCGAAAAGGUGUUCGAUGUCUCGCCGUUUGCAAUUCUUGCGUUCUUCUUCCUAUCCACUUUUAAAGAUUUGGCUAGAAAGUGUCGCAUAUCGAUUACGGACUCGGAAGUGGCAGCGUUCUUUUCAACUAUCGUUCAGAAGACUAUCACUUAUCGUGAAAAGAAUAACGUCCAGAGAAAUGACUUUAUGAACUUGCUGAUGCAAAUGAUGAAGAAGAACAAAGAGGAUGAAUCUGAAGAAAAUUCGGUGACACUGACAUUGGAUGAGGUGGUGGCACAAUCGUACGUGUUCUUCUUGGGAGGAUUUGAAACAUCGAGAACUACAAUGUCGUAUUGUUUGUACGAGCUUUCGUUGAAUCAGGAGGUUCAGAACCGAGCAAGGAAAUGCAUUCAGAGUGCGGUUGCAAAGCACGACGGUCUGAAUUACGAAGCUUUGAUGGAUAUGCCUUAUUUGGAACAAUGCAUCAAUGAAUCGCUGAGAAAGUAUCCACCCAUAUCGAAUGCGCUCAGAAGUACGACCAAGGACUACGCCGUUCCGGGAACGGAAGUAAUCCUGAAAAAGGGAACCGACGUCAUCGUACCGAUCUACGCCAUCCAUCACGAUCCGGAAUACUAUCCAGAUCCGGAACUUUUCGACCCGGAUCGGUUCAGCGCCGAUCAGUGCGCCAAGCGGAAACCGUUCACUUUUAUGCCAUUUGGUGAAGGACCUCGGAUGUGUGUGGCCUCCCGGUUUGGAAUGAUGGAAACCAAGAUAGGAUUGGCCGCCAUGCUGAUGAGUUUCAGGUUCUCGAAGUGCGAGAAAUCAAUCGUUCCGUUGAAGAUUUCCCCUAACCACCUGAUGUUGACUCCUGCCGGGGGAUUGUGGUUGAAAGUGGAACAGUUGGAAAGCGAUGAAACGGAGAUGGGAUUUUCAAAGUUGAUCAGCGACGAAAGGGUAAAUCGUUUGGGGUAUUCUAUGUAAUUGAAAUUGUAAAUAUACAAUAAGUAUGUAACUAGUUGUGUGAAGGAACUAAAGAAAUCAUCUUCAUUGUCUAUGCCCUAUUUCGAUC